AUGGCAACGAGUACAUUGACUACGUGUCGGGCCACGGGGCGCUCGCUGCUGGGCCACUCCCAUCCGGCCAUUGCCGAGGCGGUCUCACGUCAAAUACUGCGCGGCACGCACCUCGGCGCCUCCACCGGUGAAGAACUGCGCUGGGCCAGGGCCAUCAAGGCGCUGAUGCCGUCCAUAGAGAAAGUGCGCUUCAACAGCUCCGGCACCGAGGCCACCCUGAUGGCCAUGCGCCUGGCUCGCGCCUACACCGGCAAGAACAAGGUGGUCAAGCUGCAGGACCACUUCCACGGCUGGCACGACUACGCCAUGGCCGGUUCCGACCGCUCCGCACCGGGCAUUCCCGACGCCAGCAUGGCCACGAUGGUCAUUGUUCCGCCCGGCGAUCUGGGGGCGGUAGAGGACGCAUUGAACCGCGACGAUGAUAUCGCCGCACUGAUCCUGGAGCCGACGGGCGCCCACAUGGGUCAGAUGACCUUCGAUACGCCGUCAUAUCUGAAGGGGCUCCGUGAACUCACCGCCAGGCACGAAGUGGUGCUAAUUUUUGACGAAGUUGUGACCGGUUUCCGUGCCUCCCCCGGUGGGGUGCAGGUGCGCUACGGAAUCUCGCCGGACCUUACGACCAUGGCCAAGAUCGUGGCCGGGGGGCUUCCCGGGGGCGCCGUGGGCGGCAAGGCCGACAUCAUCGACAUGAUCGCUCACCGCGGUCGCGUCUACCACCCGGGCACCUUCAACGGCAACCCCCUGUCGGCUGCCGCCGGGGCCGUAGCUCUGGAAUUAUUGGCCAGUGAACCCAUAAACGAACGUGCCGACGCCAUGGCGGCCCGGCUCAAGGCCGGAUUCAACGAGGUCCUGGGGCGGCUGGAGAUCCCUGGCCACGUGCAUGGCAUCGCUUCGAUGCUCCACGUGGUGCUGGCCGACUGCGACUGCGACCGCGAGAUAUGCACCAUGCCGCACCGGCAGAUUUCGGCAGCCGCGGCCUCCCCGGCGACGACGGCAAUGAAGCGUGGCCUCCAGAACCGCGGGGUGGACAUAAUGGGGCGCGAGACCAUACUGGUCUCCGGUGUCCACAAUGAGUCCGAAAUAGACCAGACGGUCGAGGCUUUCUCUGACACCAUGGCCGCAGUGCGGGCCGAGGGGCUGAUCUAG